CCAUAACAAUAAACAAAGAAAGAUGUCGGAUAUGCAGGAUACGCUGCUGCUGGGAUCAGAGGGAAUCAAGAAAACAAUCCUGCAUGGAGGGACCGGAGAAAUUCCAAAAUUCAUCACAGGGGCAAAGGUGACGUUCCACUUCCGCACCCAGCUGUGUAAUGAUGACCGUACAGUAAUCGAUGACAGCAAAGUGGUGGGGACACCCAUGGAGAUCGUGAUCGGCAAUAUGUUUAAACUGGACAUCUGGGAGACCCUGUUGUCCUCCAUGAGGAUCGGUGAGGUGGCUGAGUUCUGGUGUGACACCAUUCACACCGGCGUUUAUCCACUUGUGUCCAAGAGCAUGCGACGCAUUGCAGAGGGCAAAGACCCAGUGGAGUGGCAAAUCCACACAUGUGGUAUGGCCAACAUGUUCGCCUACCACAGCCUUGGCUACGACGACCUGGAUGAGCUGAUGAAGGAACCAAAACCUCUCUACUUUGUCCUUGAGCUGCUCAAGGUGCAGCAGCCCAGUGAGUACAACAGGGAGUCGUGGGCUCUGAGUGAUGAGGAGAGGCUGAAGGCAGUCCCUGUGCUGCAUGGGCAGGGGAACAAGCUCUACAAACAAGGGCGCUACCAGGAGGCCACACUAAAGUACAAGGAGGCCAUCAUCUGCAUCAAAAAUGUUCAGACUAAGGAGAAAGCGUGGGAGGUUCCCUGGCUGAGGUUGGAGAAAAUGGCCAACACCUUAACCCUCAACUACUGCCAGUGUCUACUACGCAUGGAGGAGUACUACGAGGUCAUCGAGCACACCAGCGACAUCGUCAAUCAGCACCCAGGUGUGAUGAAGGCCUUCUUCCUGCGAGGGAAGGCCCACAUGGAGGUGUGGAACGAGGCGGAGGCCCGCCAGGACUUCAGCAGGGUGCUGGACCUGGACCCUGGCAUGAAGAAGGCUGUCAAGAAGGAGCUGGCUGUGCUUAACAUGCGCAUGGAAGAAAAGAACCAGGAGGACAGGAACAAGUACAAGGGCAUGUUUUGACAGGGAGAGACUGUGGCUACGGCUGGAGAAUCAGUGACGCGAUGAGAAAAAGAGUGUGACAUUAUUAAAUGACAAAUCUCUGCAAUUAAUUUUACCUUUAACCAACACUAAAAUAAUAAAAUGAUCCUGGUUUCUUAAAUCAGGAAGUCGUCUAAUCCUCACCCUUUUAGCCUGUCUUACUUUUUCCUCCAAACAAUGACUGAGACAAUCUCUAUAGGAAAAAAUAAGAACUUUUCACUCUUUUAAUCUCAUUUAAGAAAAAGUAAUGCUCACAGAGCUUAUUUAAAGGAAUACCUGGAGCCAGCAAGAAAGUGAGCCAAGAAGCAUCUAUAAAGUUCUUUACUUAGCACAAUAGAUCUCACUUGUUUCAUCCAGGGGAAGGGGAUGAAUGGAUUAAACAAACUAUAUAUUAAAUAUAUAACAAGUUAAUUAAAGAGCAUUAGAGAUGCUGGUAGGUGAAUUUUACUUUUGGCCAAAACCGGGCUAACUAUUUCCCUGUGUUUCCAGUCUUUAUGCUAAGCUAAGCUUCAGAUACACAAACUGAGAAGAGAGGAUGUAUCUGCUUUCACGUCUAACGUUCAUUAGGAGAAAAAAUUAAUGUUUCCUAAAAAGAUUGAACCGUUCCU